CGUGAAAGGCGCGUUAUUCCCGCCGCCGACGCCGCCACCGCCGCCGCCGCCGCCGCCAUGUCGCCACUCGCCUGCUCGCUGCUCGCUCUCGGUACGCUGCUGGCCGCCGCCGAUGCAGUGUAUCCCAUUACUUAUUGCGGCUUUCUCGAGUUAGGUCGUGUAGAGGAUGACAAAAUUGAAUUUGUGCAAGAGCUAACUGUUUCUGGUGGCAUCGUGAAUAUUCCUGAUAAAUGCACUAUACCAGGACGGAAACUAGUGGGGGAGAAAUUCACAGCCUGCAAUGCGCCUAAUUACACGCCUAAAAUAAUACAAGCAUUUAAGUCCCCGAUUGAUAUGACACCGAACUUCGCAAUGGUUGAAAUCGAUUGUCCUAGCGACAUCGACGGUUGCAAUACACUCGUCCUUGAAGUAGUGCAGUAUUGCCAAACGGUCACUGGUCCUCAUUGAGUAUGAAUAAAUAUUAAACCGUA